UCUUUACAAAGAACAUCUCUUGCUCUUCCCACUUUCUCUCUCUAAAGAAUAUAAUACUCAAAAUUCAUCCAUUUUUAUUUUAUUUUUCUUAAAUAACAAAGCGCGUAUAGUCUCACGCGCCCGACGAUGGGUUUUCCCGUAGGGUACCCGGAGCUGCUGGUUCCGAAAAUGUUCCUCCACGCGCUUUCCCUCCUCGCGUGGCUGCGCUCCCUCGUCUUCGCCCUCUUCCGCCUCCUCCGCAUCUCCGACCUCCUCGACACCGAUUCCGCCGCCUCUGACCUCCCUCCGCCGCCUCCGCCACGCGAGCCGACUCUCUCCGCCCUCCUCAUCCGCGAGUUUCUCCCCGUGGCGGCGUUCCGCGACCUGGCAGCCGCCGACGGGGAUCCUCCGCCGUCGGGCUGCGCCGUGUGCCUGAGCGAAUUCUCCUCGGAAGAAGAAAUCCGGUGUAUGGCGAACUGCAAGCACAUUUUCCACCGGUGGUGCGUGGACCGUUGGGUCGAUCACGAUCAGAAGACGUGUCCGCUCUGCAGAACUCCGUUUGUGCCGCAUCACAAGCUCGAAGAAUACAAUCAGCGACUGUGGGCAGCUUCUGGAGUUUCACAGUUUUACUACCAAGACGAUUACACGGCUUCUCUCUGAUUUUUUUUUCUUUUUCCACUUAUAUAUUUAUAAUUAUAUAGCACUAUAUCUUUUUUUCAUAUUAUUAUUAUGGUGGGGGACUUGACAGCUAGUGUAGCGAAAUGUAUAUAGCUAAUUAAAACAAAAACAUUGUAUCAAUAAAAAAAAUCAGAAUUUUUUGGAUUGGUAUA